AUGUCGGGUCGAACGAGGCUCGACGGCUUACCGCUGCUAACCCUUACGACAAAAGGCUGCCCGUUGUUAUCCUCGCACGCGCCCGAAAGGCCACUGGUCGACGGAAAAAGGAAUCCGGCCGCUGCUGCGAACGAGGGCCGACGGGGUGCGGCUGACGUUUGGGCUGCCUGCUGCAGCUCGAAAAGGAGCGGAGGACAGAGGUUCAUGGUGGGGACUCGCGAACCGGUGGAGAAAGGCGGCGGCGACUGGUUCACGUGGCCCGACGGGAUGCUCGCCGGAUUCGCAAGUUGGUUUGAGCGAAUUGUCGAACACGUGGUGGGCACCUUUGCAUUUGAGUUCUUGGUUAAGAUGAAUCGUGGAAGAAAUUCGGGAGGUAGAGGCUGA